CAUUUUGGGGGAUUUUUCACUUAAGAUGUGAGCCGCGCGCUGCGGGUGCGGCGAGGCUGGCCCUAUAAAAAUGUUUCUGUUUCUGACAUCCUCGUGCAGAUACGCAGACGUCUCUACCUACAGGAUCAUGGGCUAGGGGGUGCUCAAUCACAGCAGCCAGCGUUGGAAGGCGCCUUGCAAAGUAUUAACAGCACUAUCAAACUUUAAUUGCGUAGUUCGGAACCAGAUAUGUGAGGAAACUGGGUCCUCCACGAUCGGCCACCUCGCCCAAUCUCACAGGAUAGUUACAGGCUGAGUUCGGCAGCGGGACCCAGUUUCCUCCUGAGUGAGGUCCAGGUAAAGGUUUACGGUUGCCACAGGUCGAUCCUGACGAAAACCGCAAGCUGCGCCAAAUCUCGCGCAGCGGGGCGGGAGGGCGGGUGGGGAAUGUAAGGUAUCGCGAGAUGACAAGAUUUUCCCGCGAAGGAGAAGCGCGCUUUUUUCCCUGGCGGGGGAUUUGGCUAGAAGGCUGGGCCGGCAGCGGCUGUGAGGAGUUAGGUCGCGGCAUUGCAGGCUCUGAGUGGAGGGGACCCGGUUCCCGGGUGAGUGUCCAGGCAUGCCAGCGGAACGGCCUGCGGGCAGCGGCGGCUCGGAGGCUCCAGCAAUGGUUGAACAACUGGACACUGCUGUGAUUACCCCGGCCAUGCUAGAAGAGGAAGAACAGCUUGAAGCUGCUGGACUAGAGAGAGAGCGGAAGAUGCUGGAAAAGGCUCGCAUGUCUUGGGAUAGAGAGUCGACAGAAAUUCGGUACCGUAGACUUCAACAUUUGCUUGAAAAAAGCAAUAUCUACUCCAAAUUUUUAUUGACGAAAAUGGAACAGCAACAAUUAGAGGAACAGAAGAAGAAAGAAAAAUUGGAGAGAAAAAAGGAGUCUUUAAAAGUUAAAAAGGGUAAAAAUUCAAUUGAUGCAAGUGAAGAGAAGCCAGUUAUGAGGAAAAAAAGAGGAAGAGAAGAUGAAUCAUACAGUAUUUCAGAGGUCAUGUCAAAAGAGGAGAUUUUGUCUGUGGCUAAAAAAAAUAAAAAGAAUGAGGAUGAAAACUCCUCCUCUACUAAUCUCUGUGUGGAAGAUCUUCAGAAAAAUAAAGAUUCGAAUAGUAUAAUUAAAGAUAGAUUGUCUGAAACGGUUAGGCAGAAUACUAAAUUCUUUUUUGACCCAGUCCGGAAGUGUAAUGGUCAGCCAGUACCUUUUCAACAACCAAAGCACUUCACUGGAGGAGUGAUGCGAUGGUACCAAGUAGAAGGCAUGGAAUGGCUUAGGAUGCUUUGGGAAAAUGGAAUUAAUGGCAUUUUAGCAGAUGAAAUGGGAUUGGGUAAGACAGUUCAGUGCAUUGCUACUAUUGCAUUGAUGAUUCAGAGAGGAGUACCAGGACCUUUUCUUGUCUGUGGCCCUUUGUCUACACUUCCUAACUGGAUGGCUGAAUUCAAAAGAUUUACACCAGAUAUCCCUACAAUGUUAUAUCAUGGAACCCAGGAGGAACGUCAAAAAUUGGUAAGAAAUAUUUACAAACGGAAAGGGACUUUGCAGAUUCAUCCUGUGGUAAUCACGUCAUUUGAAAUAGCCAUGAGAGACCGAAAUGCGUUACAGCAUUGCUAUUGGAAAUACUUAAUAGUAGAUGAAGGACACAGGAUUAAGAAUAUGAAGUGCCGUCUAAUCAGGGAGUUAAAACGAUUCAAUGCUGAUAACAAACUUCUUUUGACUGGUACUCCCUUGCAAAACAAUUUAUCAGAACUUUGGUCAUUGCUAAACUUUUUGUUGCCAGAUGUAUUUGAUGACUUGAAAAGCUUUGAGUCUUGGUUUGACAUCACUAGUCUUUCUGAAACUGCUGAAGAUAUUAUUGCUAAAGAAAGAGAACAGAAUGUAUUGCAUAUGCUGCACCAGAUUUUAACACCUUUCUUAUUGAGAAGACUGAAGUCUGAUGUUGCUCUUGAAGUUCCUCCUAAACGAGAAGUAGUCGUUUAUGCUCCACUUUCAAAGAAGCAGGAGAUCUUUUAUACAGCCAUUGUGAACCGUACAAUUGCAAACAUGUUUGGAUCCAGUGAGAAAGAAACAAUUGAGUUAAGUCCUACUGGUCGACCAAAACGACGAACUAGAAAAUCAAUAAAUUACAGCAAAAUAGAUGAUUUCCCUAAUGAAUUGGAAAAACUGAUCAGUCAAAUACAGCCAGAGGUGGACCGAGAAAGAACUGUUGUGGAAGUGAAUAUCCCUGUAGAAUCUGAAGUUAAUCUGAAGCUGCAGAAUAUAAUGAUGCUACUUCGUAAAUGUUGUAAUCAUCCAUAUUUGAUUGAGUAUCCUAUAGACCCUGUUACACAAGAGUUUAAGAUCGAUGAAGAAUUGGUAACAAAUUCUGGGAAGUUCUUGAUUUUGGAUCGAAUGCUGCCAGAACUAAAAAAAAGAGGUCACAAGGUGCUGCUUUUUUCACAAAUGACAAGCAUGUUGGACAUUUUGAUGGAUUACUGCCAUCUCAGAGAUUUCAACUUCAGCAGGCUUGAUGGGUCCAUGUCUUACUCAGAGAGAGAAAAAAACAUGCACAGCUUCAACACGGAUCCAGAGGUGUUUAUCUUCUUAGUGAGUACACGAGCUGGUGGCCUGGGCAUUAAUCUGACUGCAGCAGAUACAGUUAUCAUUUAUGAUAGUGAUUGGAACCCCCAGUCGGAUCUUCAGGCCCAGGAUAGAUGUCAUAGAAUUGGUCAGACAAAGCCAGUUGUUGUUUAUCGCCUUGUUACAGCAAAUACUAUCGAUCAGAAAAUUGUGGAAAGAGCAGCUGCUAAAAGGAAACUGGAAAAGUUGAUCAUCCAUAAAAAUCAUUUCAAAGGUGGUCAGUCUGGAUUAAAUCUGUCUAAGAAUUUCUUAGAUCCUAAGGAAUUAAUGGAAUUAUUAAAAUCUAGAGAUUAUGAAAGGGAAAUAAAAGGAUCAAGAGAGAAGGUCAUUAGUGAUAAAGAUCUAGAGUUGUUGUUAGAUCGAAGUGAUCUUAUUGAUCAAAUGAAUGCUUCAGGACCAAUUAAAGAGAAGACGGGGAUAUUCAAGAUAUUAGAAAAUUCUGAAGAUUCCAGUCCUGAAUGUUUGUUUUAAACUGGAGCUCAAGAAUAGCUUUUAAAAGUUCUUGUUUACGUCUAGUGAUUUCCCUGUAUUGGGUUUGAAAUACUGAUUGUCCACUUCACCUUUUUUAUUAUAUCAGUUGACAUGUAACUAGUACCAUGCGUACUUAAAUAGAUGGUAAUUUUCUGAACCUUACCAAGAACAAAGAAGUAUCCAUAUUAAGUUUAGAUUUUCAGUUAAUUUUUGAGACUGAGUAGAUUCUUGGAUACAGGCUGAUGUGUACUUAACCACUUCCAGAUUUAUACAGUCUUCCUGUGGAAGUUUAGUAAAUGUCUUUUUCCCUCCUUUCUUCUAGUAAUGCAGUUAUGGGCUUUAGGUACUUCGGUUAUGAAGUAGGCUUUUCAUGGGGAGAGAUUGGGAUUAUGCUCUCUGUUGUUUAAGAAAUUGUUUGAUUUUAGAGUCUAUUUCUAUGAGAUAGUUUACCAAAUAAAUGUUCCUUAUAAGAUGA